CGAACACAUCGAUGCUGAAUUGAACACGAAUUAAUCAAAAAGAAGUCAUUAUGAGCAGCAACAGUAACAAUACGCAAGGCAACAUCUUCUUGACCACGGAGAACCUGGUAAGGACUCUUUGCAGUGUAGUACCUUGGAACUUUGCGACCGAGCUUGAUGACCAUACAAACGGGUUGUUUUGCUUCCGUACUUCUUGACUAACACCCCCCCCCCCUUUUUUUUUCUCGUCGUUCUUGAACAACAGGCCUUUUCAAUGCCACUGAUAUUGGUGUGCUCUACGUAUGUGAGUGAAAGCAUUUUUCCUUAAGGAAGGUGCUCGAGGUUCUUAUCGUUGACAUUUGAGUUUUUCAAACCUGGUUGUAUGGGUUUAUUUUCUUGCCUUCGAUAAUCGUGAACGUAAGGCAAACACUGACACUCUCCUCCUCUUCAGGCAUACUUCAAAAUUGUACCGCUGAAGUAUGGUGUGCCGAUACUAGUGGGCGUUUUCGUGAUCCUUCAAAUUCGGGGACAAGUCAAAACACGUGAGUCAAAAUGAAAUGAAUUUGACAGCGACGGCAAUAUAAUCAAAAGAUAAGGAGAACACUACUUCCUUCUGGCGCAGUACAUGUAGAAUUGACUGUAUCGAUCUCAUAAUGACUGGGAAUUGAAAAAGAAAGUUCGACUACCCAAAUCAAACAUACGAAUCAGUUAGGUAGCAUUGGACCUCGCGUGGCUUACAAAUCAAAUUGCAUUUUUUCACUUUCUAUUCCCGGCAUAUGCCUGGCAAUAAUACGUCCGAUAUGUGACUUCAACGGAAAUGAAUGAACUAUAAUCUCGUUGAAAGUUCGUGAAAAGAAAAUAGAGAACAUGGAUGAAAGCGAUAUGAACGACCUUGCUUUGGAGCUUGAAGACGACGCUGAAGACAAAAAGAAAAAGGAGGAGGAAGCAAGAAAAUUGGAAAAGAAGAAGGCGCGAUUGGCGGAAAGACUAGCCGCCGAAGAACGGAAGGCGGAAAAAGCUGCAAAGAGAAAUCAAGGCAAAAAGAAGAGUGGGGACGAUGAUGACGAAGGCGAUGUGACUGUAUUUGCUAAGGGUUCCCGAAAUCAGAAAAAGAAGAAUUAAGAUUGUAUUUCGUGAAUCGUUCAUCAGA